AUGGCUGGCAAGCGCAGGGUCGGGCAAGCGGCCCAGCAAGAAGACGCGCGUGCCGUUCGCGCCCCCCCCGUCCUUCCGGCGGAGCACCUGAAAAUCACCCGGAAGCUCAUGCCCCUCAUCCGCGCCGAGCGGGCCCCCACGCCGCGCGACUUCAAGGAAGUGGCCGCUCAUCUGCAACCGACUCGCGACUACCGCACAGUGCGGAAGAUCUACGAGAAGUACGUGAAGGGCGAGCCAUGGAGCAAGAGCGGGCCCGCCCCGGAGCCCAAGCACGAGCCCAUCCGGGUCAACAUGGAGCUCCAGAAGCUGCUCGCCAAGAAGCCGGAUCUGACGCAGUGCGCCCUCUGGCUCGACAUCAAGCCGUCUACAUUCUACUCCAUUUACAAGAAGGUUGAGGCGCUGCCGCCUGAACGGACGGACUACUCGCGUAAAAAAACCCAGUUCUGCCCGGACUAUAUGUACCAAUUCCAGCUACCGCGACACACGCUGCGCAUCGAGGCGUUCUCAUUGACAGACCUCGGGGUGCUGGGGCGCCUCUUGGUGCUGCUGAAGUUGGGGGUUGACAUCACGCUCAUGCUCGACUGGAGGCAGACGAUGGCAACGUUCGAGCUGCCGCUCGUGAAGAAGCUGCUGGCCGAGCAGAAGAAAGGGGCCCAGAUCAGGAUCCUCGUGGCGAAGAAGCGGAGCAAGUUGAUUAUUGUGGACGAUGUCAUGUCGUCGAGUGGAUCCGUCAACCCUUCCUUCCAAGGAUUAAACCUGUCCUAUGAGAGCAUCACCUACCACUUCAUGUUUGAUGCAGUUCGGAAUGAUCUCGAAGAGUCACAGGCCAAGGAGGCCCUGUUCAUGGAGAUCGACGACGAGUGGGUCAGUGAGCAGGAGGCCCUCACCACGGCCGCUAAGCAGCUGGCGGCCGCCCAGGCCAGCGAGGGAUUCGCCCCCGAAGAGCUGGUUAGCGAGGAGCUCGCGCCCGAAGAGCUGGUUCUCGGGGAGUUCGUGGACGAGAAAGGGGGCGCCAUCAUCGAGGAAGAGAAGAAGGAGAAGGCCCGCAAGGCCAACGCGGCCGAUUACAUCAGGCUGAAGCUGGCCGGCAUCUGUGUGAAUUGCAGGACUGGAGCUCUCGCCGAGGGUGAAAGCACGUGCACCGCGUGCUGGUCGGGGGCAACAGACAAGCGCAGCCUGCAGCGGAUGGACGCUUCUCGUACACUGGAUUGA